AUGGGGAGGCGCUCAAGAGCACCGAGAGUGUUCCACCGGGUCGAGGAUGCAACUUCGCGUGGUCGCAUUUGCACAAAGAGGGGGCUGAGCACAUCUUUCAAGGCCGCAUUCAGGGCUGAAAGUUUUGAUUCUAUUGACAAUGAAUAUCUACUGGAAAUGCACCUGAUAUGGGGAAAGCGAGUACCAACCCCCUACAUUUCCACCUACAGCAAGCGCUGCGCCGCGGAAAGGGAGGCACGGCGGAGGGUCAAGGAUGGGAUGAGAGACGUCACUAUUUCCACGAUUGAUCUUGACAUGCUUCCAGACUGGGAACUUGAAUUCCGCAACGUGCGACGAGUCUGCAAAAAUCUGGAUCUCAGGAUUAAGGAUAGAGCAUACAACAACUCGGAACAUGAAUGGAUCUUCCUCAAUGAGAUCCCCAAGGAAGCUGUUGUGGAAGUGUAUAGGUUCAAUUAG